CCUCCUCCUGCAGGGACUCCAACCCCUCACCACGAAGCUCCAGCCCCCAGAGAGACUGUCCCAACUGAAUGAAGACCCUGCCCUGGUCUCCCACCGCCUCCACGUCAUCCUGCCUCAGAUGGCCAAUUCCAUCCUGCACUUCCUGGGCUUGGUUGUCCUGUCCAUAAGCUGUCCCCUGGGCGUGGCUGGCAAUGGGCUGGUCCUCUGGGUGGCUGGCUUCCACCUGCCCAGCCUGGCCACCCGCACCUUGUUCCUCAACCUGGCUGCGCUCGACUUCACCUGUACCACCUUCCUGCCACUCAGCGUGGCCGUCCUAGCCCUGGGCCCCCGCUGGCCCUCACGCUACCAGCUCCGCCUGUUCCUCGGCGUCUUCACUGACUUCAACCUGUACACCAGGACCUUCCUGCUCACCCUCAUCUCCGUCUACCGCUUAGUGUCCGUGCUCUGGCCCGUCUGGACCUGGAACCACCAUACCCCUCAGCGGGUGGCCCUGCUGGCUGGCGGGGCCUGGCUUCUGGCCGUGGGGUUCACCCUCCCAGGCCUGGUGGACAGAGCCGUGACCCCCGCUUCGGCGAACCAAUCCGACCCGGGGCACGAGAGCAGGCCGGGCGCCCAGGAGUGGCUGGAUCUCAUUGGACAGCAGGCCCCCGCCGUAGCGAUUGGUCGUUUCACGGUCAGCUUUGUGGUCCCCCUGGCUGUCAUCGGGGUCUGCUUCUGCCUCAUCAAGAUCCGGCUCAAACACAAGCAAUGGCUGCUAGCCCGCUUGUCCCUCCAUGUCCUCAUGCUCAUCGUGGCCAUGUUCUUCCUCUGCUGGUUCCCCCUCCACCUGAUCUGGCUGCUCCAGCUCAGGCCCUUUCCGGGAGGCCGGCCCCCACUGCCAGCCUCGUUGUCGGCCUUGGCCGUCUGCCUGAUCUACCUUAACAGCUGCCUCAAUCCGCUACUUUACACCUGGCUGAGCCGGGAGUUCCGGGAGAAGCUACUACAGUGGCUUCCGGGCCCCCUGGGUCGGGCUUUCCGGGGGGCACCGGCCCAGUAGAGCUCACCGCUGGGAUGGCGGAACCUACUGGAAAGAGUCAAGGAAACUGGCCUCCACAUCUGCCACAUUUUGAUGGUAUUUCUUAAGUGCUUAUUAUGUGGCAGGUGCUGUAAUAAGCACUGGGGUAGA